AGCCCUCAUGUAAGAAAAGAACGGAGGAGACAUACUCGCUGGUGAUAUAGUCAUGAAGCACUCUCUUCUCACAAUACAUUAGAAGAUAUAACAACAGUUGAUAUCAUCGGGUAUCCACAACUUCAGAAAACGUCUCCCCACGGCUCGACUAAAGCGCAGCUCUAUCUGGACUAACACACGCUUACUACACGAUGAUAAUGUUAUCAUCAGAUUUGAUUACCUAUAAAACAAUUACAUGCCGUGAAUGUUGCAGCAUGGGAAACGUGACACAAGCUUUUGAAACAAAGUAACGAGGCUUGAUCCUGGUAUGCUGCUUCAACUACGUCACAGCAUGGAACACCGGAACCGUACCUCCUACGUCUAGUCGAGGCCUUGACAGUCUAAAAUUAACAGAAAAAAAAGACUGCCUUGAGGGUGGUCCAGUGGCGGUGAUGUUCAGAGAACUCUCCUUUUCCAAGUAUCUGGUAUGGGUCGCAGCGGCCCUUCUGCUCGCUGGUAUACUUCAGAUACUCAUAGGACUCUUCGUCUUCUUAUCGGAUGCCCUUGACAUUUACAUGCUGCUGCUGAACUAUUGUAUAGCCACCCUGUUUUGUAUCUGCACCAUCUUGAUAAGUGGGGGUGGAACCUUCGAACCAUUACAGAACACUUGUAAGUACCUCUCGCCGCUCAGCAGCAUCGCUAUUAGUGUACCCAUGAUGACACUCUUCCUUUUGAGUUACAGCCGAUUCUAUGCGAUAACAUACCCCUUUUACUACGUUGACAAAUUCACUGUCAUCAACCAGCUGAUUGUUUGUUUUCUGUCGUGGUUCAUACCCAUCAUAGUGGUUGGUCUCGGCACCGCUUUUCUGUGUACCUCCAUAUCGGUACACACAGAAAAAGUGCUCACUGGUUUCUGUGUAUACCCAUCUCAACCCGUUUAUGCCAGUUCACAUCUCUGGUACAGCCAAAAUAAUGACACCAAGGAAUGGGGUUGGGGAUAUUUCUACGGUGGUUAUAUGGAUGGUGACAUCCCUGCAGAUUCGGGCUGCCAGAUCUACAUGAUCAUAUACGUGCUGAUCUGCCUAAUUCUGCCUCUGAGUGGCUGCAUAGUCUGCUACUCUGCCAUCGUGUACCAACUCACUAUCAUCAAGAAAAAUAGAGAGAAAAUCACCAACUCCUCUACGGGGGGCGCUAACCCCGCGGACCAAUUCGUGACGGUCAACGAGAGCCAAUCCGUUCCUAUGCGUUCCAUGAAAUCCAAAACCUUCAGCGUUGCAAGUCUCAAACAACACCUUAAGAAACAAACUAGUAAUAUUUCUCAAAAGGCAAAAGAGAGGGUGCCAGUGUCCGUGAUCCUUAUCUUGACGCUAUACAUCUUUGUUGCGGUGCCUUUAACAAUUGUGGAGGUUUACAAUACAUCUCUUGUCGGUGGCAAUACAUCAGUGGCUAAGUUGGUCUGGAAAAAUCUUGAUGAAGCAAAGUUGACCUCGUUGAGGGAGGAUGAAAAGAAAAAUAUAUGGUGCGAUGACAAAAUUAAGGACUCCCCCACAUUUACACAGGAUUGGGUGACCACGUUCUUAGACAUAGGCUACUCGGUCGGCUUACUCGCAUUAGGUCUUUCCCCGUGGGCUUACAUAAAAUUCACAAAGUCGUUCGAGGAGAACUUGUGGCUAAGGCCACUGAAGAAGAUAUCAGGUAAAAUAGGCCUGGAGAUAAGUAAAUCAGUUAGGAACAAAUUUGCUAGUCCAGGACAUGCCAAACCGGUCACUAAGUCCAACCCUAACUACUCUGCAAAUGGAACUACAUCUGGCUAUUCUUCUGGAUUGUGCUCAGCUGCUCCACCGACCGCCAGGAAUGCUCCACCAAGUCCACGACCUCAAAAAAGACCUAUAACACCUCAACCCCCCGGGCGUACAUCGACAGCCGGGGUACCUCCCCCACAACCAUCUCCUCGUGCAUCUCCUCGUGCAUCUCCUAAUGUGGGUAAAAACCCGCCCGACCCUGUAACAGUAGAAGUAAACCCACCGCGACAGAGUCUUACAGCCCCGGAUGUUGACCCAGCGACUGGAAGGCCUAGACGUCGCUGCAGAUCACGGAACCCAUCUGCUGAAAACCCAACCACAGACCAAACAGAUGCUGCUCCAGAUAACAACAAUAAUAUCUAGAAUUUGUGGCUCUCAAUACGAGUUUCAGUUUGUUUUCCAAUUUUUCUCGAAGAUGUAAAUUACUGGCCACGGAUGAGGUUGAAGGUGUUCGUUACAGAUGGGAUAGCCGAGUUCCCGCAACGCAACUUUAACAAUGUGUGGACAUAUUAGGAUACAGAAUAUGAGAUGUAAUCAUAAUGUUACCAUCUUUCAAACACCGCUUCAUUGGCUCUACCCUUUACUUAGUCUUCUUUGCGACCCUGUUUCUGACUUGAUUUUGCGACUAGAUAUAUGGAUUUUUAUCUGUCGAGACGUUUUGAGCGAUGUGAUUCAAAGGAUUCGAUUCACAGUCGUGGUAUUAAUUUGAAUUAAGUAGGAGCGAUUUGAAUUACAUGUUUAUUUUUCAACUUGAGGGGUUAUUUGUUUGAAUAAUUGUUGUCGUGGAAUCAAGUAAUAGGGACUUCGGCAUUUAUAAGUUUAGUCAGUUUACAACCUUCAACUUGGAGUUAUCUUUAGAUUUAAAAUAAAGUUUAAUAACACUAACAGUUCAAAAUGAAGAUUUUUUCCAUCUAGAUAUAGUUCUACCUUUUUUUCUUUCUUUUUUUUAAUUAGAAGGGGAUUUAGGCUUCUCUUUUGUCAUACACGCACAUUUUGACGAAACAUUUUGUUUUCUUCUGUGAUAUUGUUGAUUUCUAACUGUUAAGCUGUAUUCAACUUUUUCAUUUUGUCUUGAUUUCAAGUU